ACUUGUUCCCGUUCCUUCGAUUCAUUAUCCAUCUAGAGAGAGAGAGAGAAGAGAGAGAGAGGAGCGCCGGAGCAACUGCGACGCCACCGACGACCCUUACGCCGACGUGGUGGAUAGGAGAGGAGCACCGACUCCCUACAAAUUGCACUCCGCGCGUUGAUUGUAAUUAAGAACCAAGGAGUCAUGGGAGAACCCUAAUACAACUCCAUUCUCGCAUUGUCUGCGAUCCACGCCGCUCGAUCUCGAUCAGAUAAGAACAACUAGGAGAAGGAGGGGAGAGGGGCGGAAGAGAGGAUCCGAGCUACUUUUUCAGGGAACGGCGGAGCCAUGGGGAAUAAGAUCGCAAGAACGACCCAGGUGUCCGCGUCGGAGUACUACCUCCACGACCUCCCUUCCAGUUAUAAUUUGGUGCUUGUGGAGCUCCUCGGACGCGGACGUUUCUUCAAAUCCAUACUCUGCAAGCAUGACGAAGGCCUAGUCCUCGUCAAGGUUUAUUUCAAGCGCGGCGAACCCCUCGACCUUAGGGAGUAUGAGAGGAGGUUGGCUCAGAUUAGGGAUAUCUUCCAGUCCGUACAGCAUCCCCAUGUUUGGCCGUUCCAAUUCUGGCUGGAAACCGAUAAGGCUGCCUAUCUUUUGAGGCAAUACUUCUUCAGCAACCUUCAUGAUCGGCUGAGCACCAGACCAUUCCUCAGCCUUAUUGAGAAAAAAUGGUUGGCAUUUCAGUUACUUUGUGCAGUGGAGCAGAGCCACAAUAAAGGAGUUUGCCAUGGUGAUAUCAAGUGUGAGAAUGUCCUAGUUACCUCUUGGAAUUGGUUAUAUCUUGCUGACUUUGCAUCUUUCAAGCCAACAUAUAUACCAGAUGACGAUCCUUCUGAUUUUUCAUUCUUCUUUGACACUGGCGGGAGAAGACGAUGUUAUCUUGCACCUGAGAGGUUUUAUGAUCAUGGAGGUGAAUCACCUGUUGCACCAGAUGCACCAUUAAAACCAUCGAUGGACAUUUUCUCCAUGGGAUGUGUUAUUGCUGAACUUUUCUUGGAAGGACAACCAUUGUUUGAGUUAUCCCAGCUACUUGCAUACCGGCGAGGGCAAUAUGACCCUAGUCAGUGCCUAGAAAAGAUACAAGAUGAAGGUGUCCGGAAAAUGAUUCUUCAUAUGAUUCAGUUGGAGCCAAAUGCAAGGCUAUCCUGUCAAAGUUACUUGCAAAAUUAUGCAUCUUCAAUAUUUCCAAGCUAUUUCUCACCAUCUCUUCACAAAUUCUUCUCUUAUUUGGUUCCUCUUGAUUCGGAUGCAAGGGUUGCAGCAAUUGAAAGAGCAUUCCAUAAGAUUCAUGCACAAAUGAUGAGUGUCAGGUCAUCAGAGGAUGUGAUUAUUGACUCAUCUGCCUCUCCCAAACUUAUAGAUGAAGAAGGGUUUCAUAUGGAAGGUGUGACUCAAAAUAUGCUUUUGGCUAGGGGGAAUGCAAGAAGCAGUCUAGAGAAAAGUGAAAUUGCAGGCCAGGUUCAGCUUGUUGGAGCUAUCACUUCGCUCCUGAGGGAUGUAGAACAAAUAAAUUGUUGUACACACACAGAUGUAACACAGAGGAAUGGUAUAAUCUUGCCUACUAAUGAUUCUGGUACUGACUACACUACAUUUUCUAAGCAAUCAAAGAUCAUGAAAGAUCAGUUAUCAAAUGAUUCCCAGGGACACAAGCAGAAAGAUUUACUAUUUCUAAGAAACAUCUUGAAAGGCGAUCUGGACUCUUUGAUGGAUGUUUAUGAUAGCCAGACAGAUACAUACUGUAUCCCAUCUUUUCCCAGCACAGGGGACAAAAACAGUUGUGAUGGCAUGGUCCUGAUUGCAUCGUUAGUAUGUUCUUGCAUAAGAAGUGUGAAGCAGCCACAGCUGAGAAGGGCUGGUCUCAUCCUCCUGAAAACUGCUUCCUUGUACACUGAUGAUGAAGAUCGUCUGCAACAUGUCCUUCCAUAUGUUAUUGCAAUGCUUUCUGACCCAGCUGCUAUUGUUCGCUGUGCUGCUCUUGAAACAUUGUGCGACAUUUUAACUCUUGUCCAAGAUUUCCCUCCUAGUGAUGCAAUGAUUUUUCCUGAGUAUAUUCUCCCAAUGCUUUCCAUGCUCCCUGAUGAUCCAGAGGAAAGUGUUAGGAUUUGUUAUGCUAGUAAUAUUUCUACAAUUGCCUUGACUGCUUAUAGAUUUUUGGUUCGGGCUGAGAGCAUAGCUGAUGGAGGACCUCUUGACAAAUCGACUCUAGGCCCCAAACAACAAUCUCAUGUUGCAGAGUCGCCAGGAAAACAACAGGGCCAAAAAGUUGAUAGUCAGCUUAUGCAAUUAAGGAAAUUGAUAGCUGAAAUUGUGCAAGAAUUGGUGAUGGGUCCUAAGCAAACCCCAAAUGUCCGUCGAGCUCUCCUGCAGGAUAUUGGCCAUCUAUGUUACUUCUCUGGUAAGAAGCAUAGUAAUGAUUUCUUAUUGCCCAUCCUUCCAGCAUUUCUCAAUGAUCGGGAUGAGCAGCUCCGAGCAGCUUUCUAUAGACAGAUAACUUUUGUUUGCUAUUUUGUUGGUCAAGUGAGUGUGGAGGAAUAUCUUUUACCAUACAUUGAGCAAGCAUUAAGUGAUGAAAUGGAGGCUGUAAUUGUGAAUGGUUUGGAUUGUUUGUCUGUACUGUGCAAAAGUGGUUUUCUGCGAAAAAGGAUGCUUCUUGGGUUGAUUGAGAAAGCUUUCCCCCUGUUGUGUUAUCCAAUCAAUUGGGUUAGAAGAUCAGCUGUUACGUUCAUUGCUGCUAGUAGCAAGAGUUUAGGACCAGUAGAUUCGCACGUUUAUCUUUCUCCAGUCUUACGACCUUUUUUAGACAGGGUCCCAGCUUCGUUAUCUUCUGAAACAUCUCUGCUUUCAUGCCUGAAGCCUCCAGUCUCUAAAGUAGUAUACCAUCAAGUUCUGGAAAAUGCAAGGAGCUCUGACAUGUUGGAAAGACAAAGAAGGAUAUGGUAUAGCUCAUCAACAUGUUCCAAUCAGUGGGAAACCAUUGAACACACUAGAAAGGUUUCUGGAGACAUAAAAUCCACCAAGAUUUCUGCCAAAAGAAAAUCAAAUGCACAAAGUGGAAAUUAUGCAGCCAAUAUGACACUGGAUGCAUCUCUACCUGUUGUGGAGGAUGUAGCUGUGAAAACAGGGAUAUCUUUCCGGACUUCUGGUUCAGUGGAUACACGGGAUUCUGUCUAUUCUGAAAAAACUCAAUUUUCUUCAUUCACAUCUCCACAGAUCACGGCGGCUAAUAAUUCUCUUUGCGAUGGACCUACUGAUGGCAUACCCUUGUAUUAUGUUAGUCGUGAUAAACUUGCAUCUGGUAUUGGUCCUGAAUCUUCAUUUCAAUGGAAUCCAAAAGGGGUCGCCGCUUCAUGCAUGCCACGUUUGGAACCUCUCGACAAGCCAUUUAGCUUAUCUAAUUCAGUUCCACCCAAACUUGUUUCAAGCACUUUUUUAAACAUCAGCACCAACAUCAAACAACUGCAAAAGCAAGCUGAUGUUGAACCUAGGAACUCUGAGCAAUCUGCAUUUCUUACCAGUAAGUUUCAGGAUAUCACUGUUUAUGACACUUUGAAGGGAAGCUCGUUGGAUGAUGCCUCACAAUCUGAGUUUAGUGGAUUGUCUACCUUUGCAAGAGCAUCUUCAGUUCCUGAUACAGGAUGGAAACCACGUGGAGUUUUGGUUGCUCAUCUUCAAGAGCACAGAUCUUCUGUGAAUGAUGUAACUGUAUCUAAUGACCAUACCUUUUUCAUAAGUGCAUCAGAUGAUUCGACUGUUAAGAUAUGGGAUACUAGGAAGUUGGAAAAGGAUAUAUCUUUCAGGUCUAGGUUAACAUAUUCUCUUGAUGGUUGUCGAGCUUUAUGUGCAACUAUGCUUCGAGGAACUGCCCAAGUGGUUGUUGGUGCAAGUGAUGGAAUGAUUCAUUUAUUUUCUGUAGAUUACAUAAGUAGAGGGUUCAGUAAUGUAAUUGAAAAGUAUUCUGGUAUUGCUGAUAUCCAGAACAGAAACAUUGGUGAAGGCGCAAUUCUUAGCGUGUUGAACUGCUCUAGUGCAGAUAGUUGCAUUAAUCAGACUGUUUUAUUCACCACCCAGCAUUGUGGAGUUCAUCUCUGGGAUACGAGGGCAAAUUCUGAUGCCUGGACAUUCAAAUCUCUUCCAAAUGAGGGAUAUGCCUCAUCUCUUGUAAUGGGUCAAUGUGGAAACUGGUUUGUAUCUGGUUCUUCUAGAGGUGUUCUGACACUCUGGGAUCUUAGGUUCCUUCUGCCUGUGAAUUCAUGGCACUAUCCCAUGGUUUGCCCUGUUGAGAAGCUAUGCUUACUAAUUCCACCAUUGAACUCAGUGGGUGCUGUGUCAAGGCCAUUAGUUUAUGUUGCUUCUGGAAGUAAUGAAGUCUCCCUCUGGGAUGCUGAGAAUGGAAGCUGUCAUCAGGUGUUGAGAGUAGCAAGUGGUGAACAGGAAGGUGAAGCAUCCCAUUUUUCACGAGUAUCAGGAAGGCCUUCUAACAAGCAAAGUCCAAAAUUAGAUGGGACAAGAAAUAUCAAUAGCAAAUACAGGAUUGAUGAGUUGAAUGAACCUGCUCCUCGUCUUCAGGGUAUUCGGUCAUUGCUUCCAUUGCCUGGGGGAGACCUGUUGACUGGAGGAACAGAUUUGAAAAUACGUUACUGGGAUCAUACAAGUCCUGAGCGUAGUUACUGUGUCUGCGGUCCAUCAACAAAAGGUGUAGGAAAUGAUGGAUACUAUGAUAUUAGGUCUAGCUUUGGUGUGCAAAUUGUUCAGGAGAUAAACAAGCGGCCUGCUACGUCCAAGUUGACUCAGAAGAUGCUCCUUUCCACGGCAGCAACCGAUUCUGCUGGGUGUCACCGCGACUCGGUGCUUUCGUUAGCCUCAGUCAAGUUGAGCCAAAGGGUUUUGGUAUCAAGUAGCAGAGAUGGCACGAUCAAGGUAUGGAAAUAGGAAAAAGGAAAAGAACCGACUUCUUUGUGAAGGUCACAUUGUACAUAUUUUUGUCUUCAAUAAUAUUUGGAAAUUCAAUUUGUACAGAGGGAUGAUUAUUUAGAAAAAAAAAAAUUGCAAGGUUUUCCA